AUGGCUAGCCCUAGUGUCCUCGCUUUUGACGCUGAGGGUCGGGCCAUUGACGUUGACGUCUGGAUAGAUGACCUGCAGCUUUUCUUACAGUGCGAUAGGGCAGACGGUCUCUCCCUCUUUGACCUCACCUCUGGUGCCUCUCCUGCCCCUGCUGCAGAUGCUAACGCCACUGUUCGCUCCCUGUGGGCCACGCGCGAUGCUGCUGCACGUCUUGCUGUGCGUCGCCACCUCCCUACCUCUGAGUGUGCGCACUUUAGCCAGUACAAGAGUGCUCAGACUAUGUACGACGCUGUAGUUGCACACUACUACUCCCCUGCCACUGCUGCACUGAGCCGUCUCAUGCUACCGUACCUUUUCCCUGACCUUGCUACCUUUCCCACAGUCGCUGACCUCAUUACGCACCUCCGCACUAGUGACACUCGCUACCGUGCUGCGCUUCCUGCUGAGUUUUGCGUCAAGAACCCCCCCCCCAUGUAUAUCACCCUCUACUACAUAGUCACCCAGCUCCUUGACUCCCUUCGCGUAGUCAGGGUCCACUUCGUCGCAGUGUGCCCCACCACUCUCACUGUCGACCUCCUCGAGAAGGCCCUCCUAGCAGCGGAGAAGAGCAUAGUCGCUGUAGGAGCCUCUCGUGGUGACCCGCGCACCCCUGUCUUUGAGGGGUGUUCUCCCUCCCCCCUCUUGCCCUUUGUUUCUUCUGCUGCUGCCGCCGACCUCGUUGGGGCAAGGGCGCUAGAGGAGCUGGCGGGGGCGGUGGAGGCGGCGGUGGAGGCGGCGGAGGGAGUGGGGGUGGUGGUGGGAGUGGUGGAGGGGGUGGGGGUGCCGGUGGCAGCAGUGGAGGCGGAGGCGGAGGCGGUGGUGGCUGAGGGAGCGGAGGCGGCGGUGGUGGCGGAGGCGGCGACAGUGGCGGAGGCAGCGGAGGUGGCGGAGGUGGCGGUGGAGCUGGUCGCGGUUCUACGCAGAGGAGUGGCUCCAGUGGUGGUCCGCACCAGCAGUAGCAGCGCGGUCGUGAGUCCCUGUCCCCUCAGCAGCUCCGUGAGUGGGGCGGCAGCGGGCUGCCCCUCACUCCUCCCUGUCUCCUCCGACUGA